GCGGCCUGCAGGGAGGGAGAGGAGGAUGGAGGCCUGGUUGGGGGGCACCUGGAUCCUGGCCGUUCUCCUCCUCGUCCUCUGGCUCCUUCUGCUCCAGGGGAAGAGCCACCCUGGGAAUCUGCCCCCUGGCCCCCACAGGUGGCCUGUGCUGGGAAGUCUGCUGCACCUGAAGGGGCCGUCGUUGCUCCAAAGCCUCCUGAAGCUGAGGGAGCGAUACGGAGACGUGUUCACCAUCUACCUCGGAUCCCAGCGGGCUGUCGUGCUCUGUGGCCACAGGACGGUGAAAGCGGCCCUCGUGGAUCAAGCGGAGGAAUUCGGGGGCCGAGCCGAGGUCUCCAUUGCAGAGAGGACCAGCAAAGGCUACGGCCUCUUUUCUAGCAACGGGGAGACCUGGAGGCAGCUCCGUCGCUUCGCCCUCACCACUCUACGGAACUUCGGGAUGGGGAAGCGGUCCAUCGAGGAGCGGGUCCAGGAGGAGAUCCAGUUCCUGAUGGAGGAAUGCAGGAAUACUCAAGGGUCACCCUUUGAUCCAACCUUUGUCCUACGCCGCUCUGUCUCCAAUGUCAUUUGUUCUGUGGUCUUUGGGGAGCGCUUUCGGUAUGACGAUAAGGAUUUUCAGACCCUUCUGGAUCUCAUCCAAGAGAACUUCCGGCGGGUGGAUACUGUUUGGGUACAGUUCUAUGGCCUCUUCCCUCAAAUCUUGAAGCACCUUCCUGGUCCACACAACAGGCUCUUUGAGAACUACGCGGAACAAAAACGUUUCGCAGCCAGGAUGGUCCAGAAACACGAGGACACUUUGGACCCAGACUCUCCUGGGGAUUACAUCGACACCUUCCUCAUCCGGAUGCGGCAGGACAGUGGGAAUCCCAGCAGCGAAUUCCACAAAGAAAACCUCAUUACCUCUGCACUGGACUUGUUCUUUGCGGGGACUGAAACCAUCAGCAGCACCCUGAGAUACGGCUUCCUGAUUCUCUUGAAGUACCCCCAAAUCACUGAGAGAAUCCAAGAGGAGAUAGACCAAAUAGUUGGGCAGAACCGGGCCCCGUCAAUGGAAGACAGGGUGAUGAUGCCGUAUACAGAUGCUGUGAUUCACGAGAUCCAGAGAUUCAUUGACAUUAAUCCACUUGGCAUACCCCAUUCUGUCACACGUGACACAGAGUUUGCAGGAUACACAAUUCCUAAGGGUACAUUUGUGUUUCCAUUGCUAAACUCCGUGUUGCACGACCCCAUCCAGUUCGAAGCCCCAGAGACCUUUGACCCAGGGCACUUCCUAGAUGAGAAGGGCAAGUUUAAGAAAUCUGCUGCUUUCAUGCCAUUUUCUGCAGGGAAACGCUCCUGCCCCGGAGAAGGCCUGGCUCGGAUGGAGCUCUUCCUCUACCUCAGCACUGUACUGCAGAACUUUGCCCUGGCCUCCCCCGCGGGCUGUGAGGAGAUCGACAUCACCCCAGAGUACAGCGGCUUUGGGAAAGCCUCGCGCCAGUACCAGCUGUGCCUCCUUCCUCGCUGAUACCUCAGGCCCACUGGCGUAAGAGCUGCCCUGUGACCGUGGGGAAGGCAGGGGAGUGUCUACCUUGACCCAGCCCCCCAUUUCACCUCGGAGGACUGCUCUCAAAGAGCCAAACAGAAAAGAGAAAAUGGCCUUUGCGACGGCAGUGGAGUUUGUCAGAGGGUUUUGUUUUUCUUUUCUUUUACGAGUACUUUUGAGCUCAUUUACAGGUUAAGCUGGUGAACAAAAGAGGUGGCAGGUUCCUUGUGCCAAAGCAGAAAAGGGGCUGCUAGGUAUGGAGUCGGUAAAUAAAGAUGUUGAAGCAAAAUGAAUGUGCAGAAAGAGA